AUUUGCGUGAUUGGCGACGAGGAUACUACACUUGCUAUCGUAGGAUUCUUGCUUGCGGGAGUAGGGGAGAUUGAUUCUAAGAAGAACUCGAACUUCCUCGUCGUGAACAACAAAACUCCUGUCAAUCAGAUCGAGGAAGCUUUCAAGGCCUUCACUGCGCGUGAUGAUGUUGCCGUGAUCCUCAUCACCCAAUCGGCUGCCGACAGUAUCCGCUACCUGCUGGACGAUUAUGAAAGCAUGAUACCGACGGUCUUGGAGAUCCCUUCGAAAGAUAAUCCCUACGAUCCUUCAAAGGACUCAGUCAUGCAGAGAAUUAUGAAGAAAAUGUCCGUAGGAACAGAUUAG